AUGGCCUUCCAGCAGCCGCAGCGGCCGCGGCCCGCUCGCCCUCUUUCCUUCUCCCAGCCCGCGCAGCAACAACCCGUAGAGCCGGGCCCCGUAUCGCCGCGCCGCAAGCACUCCAUCGUCGAGUCCGAGGAAUGGGUCCUCUUCUCGCCCUCCGUUGACGGUCGCACCCAUACUACCUCGACCUCGCGCACCCCCCGCACCGUUGGCAUCUCGCAGCUGAGUGACUUUGGCUCCCUCGACACGGCCGCGAGAUCCGAGGGCUACGACGAGCGCGACGAGGAUGACAACCUGACGUGCCAGGGCACAGACCCUGACGAUGACGCCGAGACCGAGGAGCUGGACAGCUUGGACGACGGCUUGCACGCCUUCCACGAACCGUCGCUGAGUGCCCAACAGCUCGGGGAGAGCAGCCAAACGGUGUUCCCUACACACGACGGCCUCGGCACGUUCCCGUCGACCAGUGCAGCGGUGCAGGAGCAGCUAUGGCAAUUCGAGAGAUAUAACGCCAGCCCCAGGAAGACCAAGGUGGCAAGACGGAGGUCCAGCGUCCAGAGAAGGUUAGACGCGCUUGAAGAGACGGAAACGCACGAGCACGAUGAGAAGAAGGAGCGCAUUGAGCGGUGGCGCCUCGAGCAGAGCCGCGCCCUGUUGGAGGAGAUAGAAAGAGAGACUAGGAGACGGAGACGGAUGAGUCGCGCCACCAUCGCGAGGUCGACUGCUGGCAGCACUAUCGCAGAGAGCAGCAGGCCUGCCACCGAAGCCGAAGAACCGCACGCAGCUGAUGCCUCGCAGCUCGGCACCUCCCCCGCAGACUCCUCGGACGGCGAGUCCUUCUGGCAGCGCUUCACCCGCCGCGUCAUCCGCGACCUCAUGGGUAUCGACGAGAACCUUCUUUCCGUCAUCCUGGGUGAAUCGUUGCCGGCAGAGGCCACUUCAACGACGUUCGGUCCGAAUUCGAAGGACGUCCUGGCUGCGGCGGCAUCUGAAUCGGCAAAUCACUCGUCUGCCCACGAUUCCUGGGAGCAGCGGUUGCUCGAGCGGAUAUCACGAGAGCUCGGUGUUCUGGUCAACCAGCUUUCCGAACACCCCGGCGCCUUCUCUACCUACCUUCGGACCCAAGAAACUCCGGCUUACGCUGGCCUUUCGACAUCGGCCGACAGCACAGCUACCCGACGACUGAGCGUUCCCCCCACCGCCUCCUCCAGUGCUACCCCCGACGCCGCCCAGUCCCAAUCCAUGUCUAAUAUCAACUUUGCGCCUACCGUUCCUCCCCAACCAUCCUACAGUGAGGCCUCUCUCUGGGGCAUCGAAGAGGAGCCCGAGCCGGCACCUGCUGCACUGGCCGCGUCCAUCCAGUCCCAGCGCGAGCGCGAGUACUGGGAACGUGACCUCGACGUGAAGAUGGUGUUCAACUUCCUCAAGGAGCGAUUCUCCUCCAGACCGACGUCGCCGGUCAACGGGAGCUCCUCCAACCGCAGAGACAGUGCGGAUCCCUUUCAGCCGAAAAGCGCCGACAGCUCCGCCGGCAGUCAGGAGCGCGCGGCCUUGAUCCGCCAGCACCACCCGCUCGUUAGCCGCAACCUGCCAACGUCGUCUGCCCAGGCGCACUCGGAGCAGCUCGCGUCGUCGUCACGGCCGGCACCCAACGCCGCCGCGACGACGACCAUCACCGUCCCCGUGCCCGUGCCCGUGCCCGUGAGCAGAGCGAACCUGCAGCGCUCCCGUCUGAGCAACAGGAACGCCGGGUCCAGCUGCGCGAGCCAGAGCACCCGCCGGAGCAAGCGCAGCGGAAGCAGCAGGAACUACUGGGACCUCGGCGGUAGCGUCGGAAGCGGGCCCGCUGGCGCGCCCGGUGCCGCUACCUGGGGCGAGGUCUAA